UUCCAGUCCCAUUAUUUCUGAACCAGGUGGAGCUGCAGCAGCGGAGGAAGGAGGCAGCUCUUUGCUGCAGAGACUGGAUUAAAGGCUUGGGGGGCAGGAGCAGAGCCCCAGGACCCCAAUUGCAGCAGGGGUCUGGGGUGGGGGAGCUGGGUGCAAACCCCCACCCAAGCCAACAACCCCUGUAUACAUAUAUAUAUCCAUGCAUGCACUGAUGUGGACUUAAGGACCCUGGGCUUUGGAGGUGCUUUGUUUUAACCCUGAGUUGAUUUUGCAAGCAAGAGAAGAGGAGCAAGAGAAGAGGAGGAGGAGAAGAGCCCUCCCUAAGGGUCUGCAGCCAUGGGGAACCGAGGGAUGGAAGACCUGAUCCCUCUGGUCAACAAGCUCCAGGAUGCCUUCUCUGCCAUAGGACAGAAUGCCAACCUGGACCUGCCCCAGAUUGCUGUGGUUGGGGGGCAGAGUGCAGGCAAGAGCUCUGUCCUGGAGAAUUUCGUGGGCAGGGACUUCCUUCCGCGUGGGUCUGGCAUUGUCACCAGGCGCCCCUUGGUCCUGCAGUUGGUUAAUUCCAAUACAGAAUAUGGCGAGUUUCUACACUGCAAAGGGAAAAAGUUCACUGACUUUGAUGAGAUCCGUCAAGAAAUCGAAGCGGAGACGGACAGGGUGACCGGAUCAAAUAAAGGAAUCUCUGCCGUCCCGAUCAAUUUGCGGGUCUAUUCUCCCCACGUCCUGAGCCUGACGCUGGUGGACCUGCCGGGGAUGACCAAGGUUCCUGUUGGAGACCAACCGGCUGACAUUGAGUUCCAGAUCCGUGACAUGCUCAUGCAGUUCGUCACCAAAGAGAACUGCCUCAUCCUUGCAGUGUCUCCAGCCAAUUCGGAUCUGGCCAACUCUGAUGCUCUGAAGAUUGCAAAAGAGGUUGACCCUCAAGGCCAGCGUACCAUUGGCGUUAUCACCAAGCUGGAUUUGAUGGAUGAAGGGACCGAUGCUCGAGAUGUUCUAGAGAACAAGCUGCUGCCUCUAAGGAGAGGUUACAUUGGAGUGGUCAACAGAAGCCAGAAGGACAUUGAUGGAAAGAAGGACAUUCAAGCCGCACUGGCUGCAGAGAGGAAAUUCUUUCUCUCCCACCCGGCAUAUCGGCACAUGGCUGAGCGCAUGGGAACCCCUUACCUGCAGAAAAUUCUUAACCAGCAACUGACCAAUCACAUCCGAGACACAUUGCCAGGCCUGCGGAACAAGCUCCAAAGUCAGCUUCUCUCAAUUGAAAAAGAAGUGGAUGAGUAUAAAAACUUCCGCCCAGAUGACCCUGCUCGCAAGACCAAAGCUUUGCUUCAGAUGGUUCAACAGUUUGCAGUGGACUUUGAGAAACGCAUUGAAGGUUCUGGGGAUCAGAUUGAUACCUAUGAACUGUCUGGAGGUGCUAGGAUCAACCGCAUUUUCCACGAGAGAUUCCCCUUUGAGCUGGUGAAGAUGGAAUUUGAUGAGAAGGAGCUCCGGCGAGAGAUCAGCUACGCCAUAAAGAACAUCCAUGGUAUCAGAACGGGUCUCUUCACCCCUGACCUCGCUUUUGAAGCCAUUGUGAAAAAGCAGGUGCAGAAACUGAAGGAGCCCUGUCUGAAGUGUGUGGACAUGGUAGUGAGUGAGCUCACAUCCACCAUCAGAAAGUGUAGCAACAAGCUCAGCCAGUAUCCUCACCUGCGGGAGGAAAUGGAGAGAAUUGUGACAACUCACAUCCGCGAGCGUGAGGGCAGGACCAAGGACCAGGUCAUGCUCCUGAUAGAUAUCGAACUGGCCUACAUGAACACAAACCAUGAAGAUUUUAUUGGGUUUGCCAACGCUCAGCAGAGGAGCAGCCAAAUGAGCAAGAAGAAGACCGCGGGGAAUCAGGAUGAGAUCCUGGUGAUCCGCAAAGGUUGGCUCACCAUCAACAAUAUCGGCAUCAUGAAAGGCGGCUCCAAAGAGUACUGGUUUGUUCUAACGGCAGAGAAUCUCUCCUGGUACAAGGACGAUGAGGAGAAGGAGAAGAAGUACAUGCUGCCAGUGGAUAACCUGAAGGUGCGAGAUAUCGAGAAGGGCUUCAUGUCCAGCAAGCACAUCUUUGCCCUCUUCAACACUGAGCAGAGGAAUGUUUACAAAGACUACCGACAACUGGAGCUGGCCUGUGAGACCCAAGAGGAGGUAGACAGCUGGAAGGCCUCCUUCUUGCGCGCCGGCGUUUACCCGGAGCGUGUCGGGGACAAAGACAAAUCCAGUGAGUCGGAAGAGAACGGAUCAGACAGUCUGAUGCACUCCAUGGACCCUCAGCUGGAGAGGCAGGUGGAAACCAUCAGGAACCUGGUGGACUCUUACAUGGCCAUCGUCAACAAGACCGUCCGCGACCUCAUGCCUAAGACCAUCAUGCACCUUAUGAUCAACAAUACCAAGGAGUUUAUCCAUUCGGAGCUGCUGGCCAACCUCUACUCCUGCGGAGACCAGAACACCCUGAUGGAGGAGUCAGCCGAGCAAGCCCAGCGGCGGGACGAGAUGCUGCGCAUGUACCACGCCUUGAGAGAGGCGCUGAACAUCAUCGGGGACAUCAACACCACCACCAUCAGCACUCCUUUGCCCCCACCGGUGGACGACUCUUGGCUGCAGGUGCAGAACAUACCGUCCGGACGCAGGUCUCCCACCUCCAGCCCGACGCCGCAGAGGAGAGCUCCGGCAGUCCCACCCGCCAGGCCUGGGUCGCGCGGUCCGGCUCCUGGACCUCCGCCUGCUGGUGGUCCCACUCUGGGUGGUGCGCCUCCUGUGCCCUCUAGGCCAGGGGCCUCUCCCGAUCCUUUUGGGCCUCCCCCCCAGGUCCCAUCUCGGCCCAACCGUGCGCCUCCCGGCGUCCCCAGCUCAGCUGCAGUCGGGAAAAUCAGGAAGACCCACCACUUACCAUUUCCUCUUUACUUUCAAAAUCCUCUGGGAUGCUGAGCAAAGGAGUCUUCCGGUCUGCCACCAUCUCUUCAGUUUCCACACCAUCCCCUACAAACAAGAGGAGAUGAACAGAGGAGCUAGAACACCACCACCACCCCUAGAUUUGCCCUCUUGGGUCUUAUCCUCCUGGGGAAACCCAAGUCACCUUGCACUCUGGGAAGCAUCUUGGCAUCCAAUUCGGCCAUGAGCUGGCUGACAUGAGCCUGCAGUUCUCUGUUCUCUUUGGCAACUGUUUCUAGGCUUUCCUUCAAAGAAACAAACAACAGAUCUUUGCAACAGCAACCCAAAGCACAAGAUACACUGACUAGACGACAUAAUCAGUUUUCAUGGAGCUCAUUCUGGAUGACCUGGAGACUAGGCUCCUGCUAUAAACCUGCUCUCAGCAGACUUAUGAUCUUCACCAGCCCAGAUGUCAAUUUUGAUAUUCUGUCCGCCAUACAAAAUCUGCUCUGUGUUAACUGCCACCGUCUUCUCAACUCCAGGCCUUACCUUGGCUUGCUGAAGCUCUUUGAAGUGCAUCUCGGCUGUGACUUUGCCCUGGACCUCCUCAUGCUGCAGCCGGUCCAUGAGCUGUGUCUGAAGAAGGUACUGUUUGUGCAACUCCUCCUUCUCAGUAGCUAGCUGCUGGUAUGCUGCUGUGUACUGCUGAAGAUGGGUAUAGUACUGAUCUCGUUGUUCCUGAAGAGCUUGGGCCUCCUGCGUUUUCUGAGACACCUUAGACAAAGAAGGGAAAAACCCAGCUAAUCAUUGUCUAAUCCAGAAGUGGGUAAUAGAGAUUGAUGUAUUUAUACAAAUAUUUUCUCCCCAUCCUCAUACUUGAUUAGGUGCAGAAUUACCACACAAUGCUGGGACAUUAUCAAAUAGAUUGUUUGUUUUUGUUGUUUUUUUAUUUAUAUACCGCUAUUUCAAAGAUCAUAGCGGUGAACAGCAAGUAAGCUAAUUUGCCCCCAACAGUCUGGGUACUCAUUUUAGCGACCUCGGAAGGAUGCAAGCCUGAGUCGAGCUUGGGCCCUUUUGCUGGUCUUGAACUCGCAACCUUGUGGUUUCGAGUGAAUGGCUGCAGUACAGGCAUUUAACCACUGCGCCACCAGGGCUAUGAAAAAUUUACAUUAACACCGCCGAGGGUAAAGGGAAGCAGAGGAAGGGAGAGAACUAUUUAAGAACUGUAAGGUAGGCAAGAAAAAGGGUUCUUUUGUCAUUUCUCACACCUCCAAAUAUAUGAACUCUAGGGAUUCAACUGUUUUUCACUGGAGCUAAGCACCUAUGAACACACAGUGGAUUAAAAGCCCUAACUGCGAUAUUCUUUUCCAGUUCAAUCACAAAGAGGCUGAGCUCUGUCACCUAAGUUAAGGAAUUGGUACAGCAAAGUAUCCUAAGUUAGUCUCAAAGACUGCUAAGGAGGGACGAAGCUACAAGGGGAGACCAACCUCCUCACUCUGUGACUCUCAGGGUUGCCUUUCCCUCAGAUCCAUCCCUGCUGGCUUCCCUCAUUCACCACACUGUCCCUGGGUAGAGAAUUACCAUCUCCUUGAACUCCGCCAGCUUCUCUUGCAGCUCCCCAAUCUUCUUGGCCAACUCCUUCUUCACAUGCUGCUCUGACUGCAAGGCACUUGUCACCUCCAUGUUCUCAUUGGUCUGUGAAGGAAGAGGUUAAGCCAGGUAAGCGCACAAUCCUUCACAUUAGCUGCAAGAAGGCACAUUACCAGAAUUAUAUCAAGGGUAAGCAAACCUAUGGCCUCAGGGCCAUUUUUAUGGCCAACAAUAACCCUCAGGAGCAAACCUCCCCAUAACAGGAAGUAAUGGCAUGGGACUGGGAACGGCAACAUUUUUGGGAUAACAGCAAGAUGACAGAAGGCACCAUGGCCUCUAACCACCAUUCAGGAGGGACGCACCAGUUUGACAAACCCAUUCUGUAGCUCAGCCAGCUGCUCCUUCAGUUCCCGGUUCUGAGUCAUGGCCCGGCUGAUGGUGGCCUUGUCGCUCUGCAUGUUCUCCAGGAUUUGCUGCCUGUCAACAGCCUCCUCGCUAUAGCGCUGCAGGGUCCUCUCCAGCUCCUGCAGGCGCUCCUCCUGCUCCUGGUUGAGGCGGCUCAGCUGCUCGUUGUCCCGCACCUGGGCCUGGCACUGCCCCUGGAGUGCCUCCUUCUCCUCCUGCAGGCGGCUCAGCUCCCCUUGCAGGCGCAGCUCUGCUUCCGUUGGGCCUGCAGGAGGGGCAGGCUCACUUUCCGUGGGCUUCACGGCUACAGAACCGAGGGAGAGAAAGAGUGGCAGACCCAUCACAACUCCACGUUAAUUCCCCCAUGACCAUUUACAGCAAGGAGGGUAAAGUAUGGCCUUAAGGGCAUUUUUUUGUGUCAACGCCCACAAAUAAUUUUGGGGAAGCUGAAAUAGUGUUUUAAUUGGACCAAAGAUAGCCAAUAGCACCUCACAUCGCUUUUUUCCCUUUCUUAAAUGGAGAUUUAAACAUUUAAUAUUUUUCAUGUAAAACAUGAGCAUUAUGGGAGGAAGGGAUGACACAGCCCCAAAUCCAACUGCUAAUCCCAAAAAGUUACUGAAUUAACUGAAUGGUUACAUCAGCACUUAUGUAAAUUCUACUGAUUCAGCCGGUCUGCUCUAGUUGGGACAAGCAAUAGGAUUUAGAUCAAUGAAUCCCAAAGAAGUGCCUGUAAGGAGGCCCUUUUGCAGUCCUUGCACCUGAAUCUUACCUGACUGACUGCUCAGUAACUCAGACAGGUUGUUUUCCAGUUCCUGGAUUCGAUUUACAUUCAGUUCCCUUUCUUCUGUCAUAGUGUGUAUCUACACAAUAGGAAAAGGUAAGGAAAGAGCAGUCUUACUAUCACCAACUUUUGUGCAAAACUGCAGGCUCCCCUCCAGUUCCCCAAAACCACUGCAAUGACAGAAGCGUCUUCUUGUUGCUAUUCUUACCUGCUCAGAAAGCACCUGUACUCGCUGCUGCCAGAUUCCUCCUUCCUCCUUCAACUUCUGGACAUACCGAUCCCGCUCAGCCUGUAGUUGCUGGAGCGAUUCCGACAGCUGCUCAGUAAAUAAUAAGACAAAAAGCUUAAGCUAAGCAAUGUGGAGGAAGCUACUACUCCCAGACACAGAGCUGAGUGAGGUUGCUCUGAAGGCUCAAUCCCCAAGUCUACCAGAAAGGCCUGCAUGUCUAAGGCUCUUCUGGGAUCCCUCCCUACCUGAGCAAUUUGUGCUUCUAAAUUUCCUCUUUCUUCUAGAGCCAUCUGCAGCUGCUGAGUGGCAUCAGGGACUCCUGGCUGGCUUGCAAACUGUAGAGGGAAUCAAACUGUUAAGGCAAACAGACAGAUCCUCAGAUUCAUUUUAUUCCAUCUCUCCGUCCAACCCUUCAGCAGUUGCCCACAAUGGUUUCCCAUUCUUCGAAAGCCCCCUUUAGCCUAGCUCCUGCAUUAAGGAUGGAGGAUUAACAUGGAUAUUUUGUAAUAGAGAAGAGAGAGAAAUCUUAAGUGCAGUUCUGCAUACUUGGCCCAAGGGAGCAUUCCAGUUAGAAACAGUUAUGCUGUGCUUCUUCAUUUCUAGUGGUUGCUGUUACGGAAGGGAAGCCGGGAAGGUUCAGUAACCUGGGCAAGGAUUCCAUAAAUCAUAAAACACAAUUUUGGAGACUUUAUGAUGUGUAUCAAAAUCUGUAGUGGAAGAGCUAAUAAAUUGGCAGGCUCCUCUCCUAAGGCUAUAGAGGUUUUACAAAA